AACCCUCUCACUCUGGCACCGCCUCUCAGGGCACACUCUGCCCCUCCAAGUUCCCAUGAUCUCCGGAUCCCACUCGGGCCCCACAGCACCCCACUGCUCUGCUUCUUCUGGCACAAGUGCCCUCAGCCCACUGGCACAACCUGCGGCUUUUCUGGGGCUCCCCCCAAGCUUCAUGAGGGAGGAGGCUUUGAAGUCCAUUUCCUCACUCCUUCCCACUAAAAAGCAUCCGGGGGAUCCUCCUCCCCACACCCCGCUCCUGGGCGCUGCCUUGUCCUCGCCCUGAUCCUGUCCGGAAGGUCGCUGCCAAGGACACCUGCAGUCCCCGGGACACGGGUGGCUCUUGGGACACCCCCCACCCACACAAAGCACCCUGAGAGCAGGAGGGAGCUGGGUGUCUGGUGAGGUAUGGCUGGAGCAGCUUUGGCUGGAGGCAGAGCUGCUGGAAGCUGACGUGCUGCGGAUUUAGGAAGCUGGGAUACAGGUCUGAUCCCCUCAGUGGUGCCACAGGGCUCAGCCUUAGUUGGAGUUGGAGCUUAACUGGGACAUGCCUGGAAUUCUGGACUGGGAACAAGGCAAGGGCUAUGUGCACCCUGGGAGGUUCAUGGAUUAUGGGGCUCCGAUCUCUGUGCUGGAGGCUCCGGAAGGAAGGGCUGUGCCGUGUUGGGCUGUCCCACGCCACCAUGACGCCUCCUGCUCUCCAUGUCCCCAGAUAAAAUCUGUGACCAGAUCAGUGAUGCUGUCCUGGAUGCCCACCUCAAGCAAGACCCUGAUGCCAAGGUGGCCUGUGAGACGGUUGCCAAAACUGGGAUGAUCCUGCUGGCAGGAGAGAUCACCUCCCGGGCCAACGUGGACUACCAGAAGGUGGUUCGGGACACGAUCCGACACAUUGGCUACGACGACUCUUCCAAAGGUUUUGACUACAAGACGUGCAAUGUGCUGGUGGCCCUGGAGCAGCAGUCCCCGGACAUUGCCCAGGGCGUGCACCUGGACCGCAGCGAGGAGGACAUUGGUGCUGGUGACCAGGGGCUCAUGUUCGGCUAUGCCACGGAUGAGACAGAGGAGUGCAUGCCCCUCACCAUCGUCCUGGCGCACAAGCUCAACGCCAAGCUGGCUGAGCUGCGCCGCAGCGGAGCCCUGCCCUGGCUGCGCCCCGACUCCAAGACACAGGUGACAGUGCAGUACAUGCAGGACCGCGGGGCGGUGAUCCCCAUCCGGGUGCACACCAUCGUGAUCUCGGUGCAGCAUGAUGAGGACGUGUGUUUGGACGAGAUGCGUGACGCGCUCAAGGAGAAGGUCAUCAAGGCCGUGGUGCCCCCCAAGUACCUGGACGAUGACACCAUCUACCACCUGCAGCCCAGCGGCCGCUUUGUCAUCGGCGGUCCCCAGGGCGACGCGGGGCUGACAGGCCGCAAGAUCAUCGUGGACACCUACGGGGGCUGGGGCGCACAUGGGGGCGGCGCCUUCUCGGGCAAGGACUACACCAAGGUGGAUCGCUCGGCCGCCUAUGCCGCCCGCUGGGUGGCCAAGUCCCUGGUGAAGGCUGGGCUGUGCCGCAGGGUGCUGGUCCAGGUCUCGUACGCCAUUGGGGUCUCGCACCCCUUGUCCAUCUCCAUCUUCCACUAUGGCACCUCCCAGAAGAGUGAGCGGGAGCUGCUGGAGAUCGUCAAGAAGAAUUUCGACCUGCGGCCCGGGGUCAUCGUCAGGGAUCUGGAUCUGAAGAAGCCCCUCUAUCAGAGGACCGCAGCCUAUGGCCACUUUGGUAGGGACAGUUUCCCUUGGGAAGUGCCCAAAAAGCUAAAAUACUGAGAAAAAAGAGCAUUGUUAGGGCUUUUCCCCCCACUCCUGCGGGCGUAGGAUACAGAGAAGCCCGUGGGCUCUGGGGGAAAGAGCUCCCGGCCCCCCCCAGGCUCCCCAGCC